GUUCCGUUGAAACGCUCUGAUGAAGGCAAGGAGCUCCCCUGUGAAAAAUUACCCGACAUUUUUAUUGCCAUGGCGAAGAAAAAAGAGCCCGAGUUCUUACUCGAAAUUUAUUCACGAGGGAAGCUACCACACUACAUCGGAUUAUGCCAUACGAGACACAUACUACAACGGAUUAUGCCAUACGGAACAUACUACAACACGACAUCCCAUACAUACCCACGUUAUAUAUCAUACGACUUAUCCGAAAUGGUUAACACAAGACAAUAUCAAAGGGAUGCUCAGCGAGGAAAUGCUGACGCUUGGGCGACUGUCACAAGUCCGGAAAUAGUUGAAGGUAGACCAGGAAAAGGUCUAUCAAAUGUAUCACGCAAAGGUCCUGCGUUAUCUGAACGCGUAGAAGUAGCGGAACGGCCGUUCGGCAAGGACGUGCCUCAUACCACGGCAUUUUCGAUGAUCAUCAUGUAUUAA